AUGAGUACAAAAUUCACCGUUGCAACACCUGGACAUGGCAACCUUUCUCAUCCGGAAAAGGCAACUCUCUCAUCCGUUGCUAUUUGGAACUCACUGGACAAUGGCAGAUUGUUGCUUGCAGAGCCGGUCAAAGCGACUGCCAAGAAACGUGGAUCGAAGAAGGCAGCUGGUUCAAACACCAUUGACCUUUCACCCAGCAAGCUGAACAAUAUACAUCACUUUGUGCGUGAUACGUGGCAACCCGGGUAUGGCCAAGCUUGGACAAAAGUCUGGAAGGUCUAUUUUCCAUAUAAUCUUACAGGGUCCCACUGGGUUGCAAUCAAAAUUGAUUUCGUCAAACAUACUGCAACUAUGUAUGACUCCUACUCUGAUUUUACUGCCAUUUCGAAGCUGGUUACACAUCUGCACCCUAUUAGCAAUACGCUGGCACAAGUGCUGUACAAUAUGCACUUUUAUGAAGGUUCUGAGGUUGAAGAGGUUAAGCAAAAGGGGCUGCAGAUGUCGAGCUUUACACCAUUCUCAGUUUGUAGCAUUAGAGAUGUGCCACAACAACGAGAUGGUACGUCUUGCGGAAUCAUGACCGUAAAAUUCAUCGAGCUUCUCAGUGCUGGGAUUUCGUUGGAUCAAGUUGACCCUUUGAAGAGCAAAUAUUACCGACUGAAGCUUGCAAUAGAGGGAACUCGAUUUGUAGAAGAUGCAGACGUAGAUGCUUUGUUGGAAAAUCUUGCCUUUUUGCUAGAGCUAGUUGGUUUAGUUAUUAUGUGUUCCAAGCCAUUGUUCACAUUUUGUCUCAGUGGUUUUGUUUGCAAUUUAUGUCAUAUAGAGGAGCUUAUAAGGAUGGGCCUGCACCCAAGUGAGAUCAUAAGUGGGUACAAUAAAGCUAGAAAAAAGACGAUCGAAAUCCUAGAUGAACUGGGAAGCCACAUAUCCACUACAAAAGGUUUCUUAUCUUUCCUUUUCAGUCAAUGGUUCUUUGCUCUCAAGUAUGCUGCAGAUGCUGCCUGCACUGUUUUGUGUGUAUGA